GACGCCAUUGUUGAUGGAUGACACCAAUUCACGACGGAGGAACAAAAAUAUUGAAAUUGUGGCUUUAAUUGAAGCCUCGUGCACGAUACAUUUCCAAAAAAGCCCAAAAGACACACAAAAUGGAGACAGAAAACAGUGAAGAAUGUUCAAUUUGUCUCCAAAGCUACAUUCAACCUGCAAAACUGCCCUGUGGUCAUGUUUUUUGCUUCCUUUGCAUCAAAGGAAUCUCCGAUAAGUCGCCGCGCUGUGCGCUCUGUCGACAAGAAAUCAGUCCCGAAUUCCUCGAGAACCCAAAUCUCCUUGAAACAGCACAACAAAAGACAGAAACAGAUGAUCCGCGGUUCGUUUGGUAUUACGAAGGGAAGAAUGGUUGGUGGCAAUAUGACGAACGAACAUCGAGCGAAUUGGAAGAUGCGUACAUGAAAAAUCAACCGCAAUGCACAAUAUUGAUCGCAGGCAACGUUUAUGUCAUAGAUUUUUCCAUUUUGCAUCAGUGUCGCAUGAAUGACACUUCCAAACAUCGUCGAGUCAAGCGAGAUCUGAGUACGAGGCCCAAAAAAGGCGUCGGAGGCAUUCGACAAAAGCAUGGACCAACCAAUAAUUGAAUUUAUUUCUCAAAUUGUGUCAAGAAUUUUUCCAUUUUUAGAGUUAUUUUUGGAUUUUUUUGGAGAAUGUGCUCAAAAAAAUCGAAAAUUUGCUAAUUGCAAGACGAAGACUGUGAAUAAAAGUUAUAUAAAUAAAAAAAAUGUUG